GCAUGCGUCUUGUGUCAUUUAUGUGUACGGUAACAUCUUGAAAAAGUUGUGGGAAUUAUCAGUUAUAUAUCUUUCCCACUUUUUAAAUGCCUGUUUUAAUAGCUAGUGUAUCCAGACGCGUGUAAAUCAUGUAUAAAUGUUUACACAUCUGUCGCGUGCACACCUCGGCCCGGCUGCUGAAGAAAGCUCCGGUGAGGCUGAAGGGGAAGAGCGGCGCGGAGCAGCGCUGGAUGGCGCGACACAUAAACGACCCCUUCGUUAAAGCAGCUCAGCUCCAGCACUUCCGCUGCAGGAGCGCCUUCAAACUGCUGGAAAUAGAUGACAGAUUCCACCUUCUAAAACCUGGGCUGAGUGUGAUAGACUGCGGGGCUGCACCCGGAGCCUGGAGCCAGGUGGCCGUGCAGAGAGUCAAUGCAGCGGGAGAAAGGCCUGAUUUAGCCAGAGGGUAUGUUGUAGGAAUAGAUCUACUUCACAUUGCCCCUUUGCAAGGUGCCCACUUCCUGUCUAACCGGGAUAUCACCAGUCCCGUUACUCACGCCGAGCUGCAGGAGCUCCUUCUUCCUCAAGCUUCCGCUGAUGUCAUCUUGAGUGACAUGGCACCCAAUGCCACUGGGCUUAAAGAGCUGGACCAUGAGAGACUUGUCUGCAUGUGUCUUUCACUGCUAGACCUGGCUGAGAAGCUGCUACGCCCUGGAGGAUCACUGCUGUGUAAGUACUGGGACGGAGCGCUCACGCACAAGCUCCGCGAAGGUCUUACUCGUGCUUUCCAAGACGUGAAGACCGUGAAGCCCAAAGCAAGUAGGAAGGAUUCGGCAGAGUUAUAUUUUCUAGCAAGGACAUUCAGGAAAACAUAGAAUCGCUCUUCAUGGACUUAGAUUAUUGACAAAGGUAAUUUUUGAAGCAUUGUAUACCAGGAAUAAUUUAUUUAGUUUUGUGUGUAUUUUUUAUUUAUUUAUUUUUCCCCUUUAAAAUAAGUAAAAUAAACUUGCAAUUGUUAA